AUGCAACCCCCCACGCGCGUCUCCACGACCACAGCUCAUGAUCUGCUUUUCGCCGAAGACUACGUUCUCAACAUCACAACAGAAGCUGACAUACAAAGGAAUAUGGAACUCCUUGCCGCCGGUUGCUCAAACUUCGGUCUUACCAUCAACACCAAUAAAACUGUGCUCAUGCACCAACAGCCGUCCGCUGCUAAUUACGCUACUCAACGUAUAAAGGUCAACGGGGCGGAGCUCAACAGCGUGGAGAACUUCGGAUAUCUCGGCAGCACGCUAUCCCGCAACAAAAUAAUCGAUGAGUAG